AUGGCCUGGGAUCGUCUCUCCGACGAAGAAAAGGACGCCGGCUACUGUCAACUGUUCGUCGAGACACCCAACGAGCAAGCCCAAACCUGGUUCUCUCAACUUGAGGAAAACUCGAUCAGUAGCUUCCGCGACCUAUCAGCGGCUUUCCUCAAGACAUACAUCAUGUUCACGAAGCGCAGCGCAACUGCUUCCAGUCUAUGGAACCUAUCGCAGACUAAGGAUCAAAGUCUCCGCGACUACAUGGAAAAAUUCAAGGCAGUAGUCUCAAGGGUCGCGAUUCCGGACGACAUCGCCAUCGACGCCCUGAUGAAUACCCUAUGGGUCCAUUCCAAGUUCCGCGAGGACUUAUACCAAAUCCCAACCUCUUCGCUCCAAGACGCCAUCACUCGAUCUCACAACUUCAUCAAAAUGGAAGGGGACACCAAGGUGAUCAUCAGUAAGCAGAACGCAGCGAAACCUCCAGCGACCAAAAGCGCCGACACUCGGGCGGAACCGCAUCAGCAUGCUCCUAGCGACAAAAACAACCGUAAGAACGGUUUUAUGACCGUUGAUCUCUCCAAGCACUGCAAAUUCCAUGAUGUCAAAGGACACGACACGACAGAGUGCAAUUCGCUCUACGCACGCUUCCUUUUGUCCCUCGCAAGCGGCGACUUCAAAGUGGAGCCUCCGAAAGCCAAGCCGAAGAACGGCAAAAGCUGGAGAAAGAAUAAGGAAAGAAGAACCCAGCGCAAGGCGAAUGGCAAAGGCCGCCAAACGAGAGCCAAUCAAAGGAUGAGGACAAGGCUCCAAAGGAUGAUGGCGGUGAUGACUGUUCUGUCGACGAAGAACAGCACAAAUCGCAGAUGCAUAAAGGUGAUACUCUCUCAACAAGCUCAAUCGUCCGACGACGAAAACGACGAUACACCUCCAUCCGACGAUUUGAGGGACUUCCUCAAGCGAAAGCUCGAGCCUGAAGAUAGCAACAACCCCAUUGACACCGAUCUUCGACUGACACUUAACGCAUUUACCGAUACAAAACGACAACAACGCAUCUGCCGACCUGCGUACCCUCUUAAGCGCCAAGCGAGUACAUUCGAGGUCGCGACUAAAUGUCAUCAUGGGCGGCCCCCUCCUGGCGGUAACUCUGUUCGCUCCGUCAAGGAUUAUCGCCGACAAGCUGCGACCUCGCAGCGAUGGCCUUCUAAGCCACCAAGCCAUCCCCCGAUCACUUUCUCACCUAACGAUACCGCCGGAGUUCAUAUCCCCCAUAACGAUCCCCUCCUCGUCGUCCUAGGGAUUGGAGAGUACGAUGUCACGAAAGUGCUCAUCGACACGGGUAGCUCCGUCGACCUCAUCUUCCGAGGAACACUCGAAAAGAUGGGUGUCGACUUCAAUGACGUCAAGCUAUCAUCCAGGAAGUUAACCGGAUUCAACGGUUCUUCUGAAACGGUACUCGGGACAAUUCGUCUCCCAGUACGUGCAUGUGGAAUCACUCGAACGGUUAAGUUCGCUGUCGUCAGCACAAAGGCGCCUUAUCAUGUCAUUCUUGGAACCCCCUAG